GACUUGUGGUUCCGGCCGCGGGUAGGGGGUGGGGCCGGGUAUGGAGGCGGGCGGGGGCCGGGGGCGGGCGCAGGCCCCUCCCCCGUCACUUCCUGCCGGGCUGCGGGCGCCGGAGCGGCUCUUCAGCGUUUGCGCCCGCGGCCGCCGCGUCUGGCUCGCCUCCCCCUUCCUCUGACCCCCUCCCCCCGGCCCGGCGGCGCCCGCCUCCUCAGCGGCCACUCCGCCUUUUCCCUCCGCCGUUCCCUUCCUCCUCUCCCUUCUUCCUUCCUCCUUCCCUUCUUCGCCGCCCCCGCCGUCGCCGCCCAGGACCGCCGGCCGGGGGACGAGCUCGGGGCAGCAGCCAGGAGUUUCCUAACCACAUAACCUCUCAGAACUGAACCAAAACAGCAUUAUUCCUGGAGCACUUCUUUUUAAAGGUAGAACUUUAGACUUCAUAGCACUGAAUUAACCUGCACUGAAAGCUGUUUACCUGCAGUUGUUCACUUUUGUUGAAAGUGACCAUGUCUCAAGUUCAAGUGCAAGUUCAGAACCCAUCUGCUGCUCUCUCAGGGAGCCAAAUACUGAACAAGAACCAGUCUCUUCUCUCCCAGCCUUUGAUGAGUAUUCCUUCUACUGCUAGCUCUCUGCCCUCUGAAAAUGCAGGUAGACCUAUUCAAAACUCUGCUUUACCCUCUGCAUCUCUUACACCCACCAGUGCAGCUGCAGUUCCUUCUAGCAUGGCACACCCCAAAGAGAAAACCCCAAUGUGUCUUGUGAAUGAGUUAGCCCGUUUCAACAAGAUUCAGCCUGAGUAUAAGCUUUUGCGUGAGCAAGGUCCAGCUCACUGUAAGGUGUUUACAGUACAGCUAACACUUGGAGAUCAGCACUGGGAAGCUGAAGGAACUAGUAUUAAAAAAGCCCAGCACACAGCUGCUGCCAAAGCUUUGGAAGGAACAAAAUUUCCUAAACCUAUAGUCCGCCCUUUUCGUAGCGAAGGAAGGAAUCCAGGUAUUAUGCGUGGGCCAAGACAGGUUCCUUUCAAAAGUGUGUUUAGAGAAAGCAUAACCCCUACGGUAGAGCUAAAUGCACUGUGCAUGAGACUGGGAAAAAAACCCAUGUACAAGCCUGUCGACCCAUACUCUCGGAUGCAGUCCACCUACAACUACAACAUGAGAGGAGGUGCUUAUCCCCCGAGGUAUUUUUACCCAUUUCCAGUACCACCUUUACUUUAUCAAGUUGAGCUUUCCGUGGGAGGACAGCAAUUUAACGGGAAAGGCAAGACAAGACAGGCGGCAAAACAUGACGCAGCUGCGAAAGCCUUGCGGACCCUGCAGAGUGAGCCGCCGCCCGAGAGGCCGGAGGGGAGGCGGCUGGGCGAGCAGGUGAAUGGAAGAGAAUCAGAAGAAGAAAAUCUCAAUAAAUCGGAAAUAAGUCAAGUGUUUGAGAUUGCACUUAAACGGAACUUGCCUGUGAAUUUUGAGUCUUUCCCUCUGAAACAGGUUGCCCGGGAGAGUGGCCCCCCCCAUAUGAAGAGCUUUGUGACCAAGGUGUCAGUUGGGGAGUUUGUGGGGGAAGGUGAAGGGAAGAGCAAGAAGAUUUCAAAGAAAAACGCUGCUAUCGCCGUCCUGGAGGAGCUGAAGAAGCUGCCGCCGCUGCCUGCGGUCGAGCGAGUGAAGCCCAGAAUCAAAAAGAAAACAAAAUCCAUAGUCAGGCUACAGAGCAGCACAGACAGCGGCCCGGGGAUGAACCCCAUCAGCAGACUGGCCCAGAUCCAGCAGGCGAAAAAGGAGAAGGAGCCAGAGUACAUGCUCCUCACGGAGCGAGGCCUCCCACGCCGCAGAGAGUUUGUGAUGCAGGUGAAGGUGGGAAACCAUACGGCGGAAGGAACAGGCACCAAUAAGAAGGUGGCCAAACGCAAUGCAGCCGAGAACAUGCUGGAGAUCCUUGGUUUCAAAGUCCCGCAGGCUCAGCCCACCAAGCCGGCCCUCAAAUCAGAGGAGAAGACACCAGUAAAAAAACCAGGGGAUGGAAGAAAAGUAACCUUUUUUGAACCUGGCUCUGGGGAUGAAAAUGGGACUAGCAGUAAAGAGGACGAGUUCAGGAUGCCUUAUCUUAGUCAUCAGCAGCUGCCCGCUGGGAUUCUUCCCAUGGUGCCCGAGGUUGCCCAGGCCGUAGGAGUCAGUCAAGGACACCACACCAAAGAUUUCACCAGGGCAGCUCCGAAUCCUGCCAAGGCCACGGUAACUGCCAUGAUAGCCCGUGAAUUGUUGUAUGGGGGCACCUCGCCCACGGCCGAGACCAUUUUAAAGAAUAACAUCUCUUCAGGCCACGUACCCCAUGGACCUCUUACAAGACCCUCUGAGCAGCUGGACUAUCUCUCCAGAGUCCAGGGAUUCCAGGUUGAAUACAAAGACUUCCCCAAAAACAACAAGAACGAAUUCGUGUCUCUUAUCAAUUGCUCCUCCCAGCCACCUCUGAUUAGCCACGGUAUUGGAAAGGAUGUGGAGUCCUGCCAUGACAUGGCUGCACUGAACAUCUUAAAGUUGCUGUCUGAGCUGGACCAGCCGAGUACAGAAAUGCCAAGAACAGGAAAUGGACCAGUGUCUGUGUGUGGGAGGUGCUGAACCUUUUCUGGCCACGAACCGUUGUAAAACCCCAACAUACAUACUGAAAAUACUGAAACUGCUUUGAGAAUUUGGAAUUUCUGAUACCUCCAGUGGGCUGAGAGACGUGCUGGGUAAAGAACCGAGGCGGCAGUGGUGACAAAGGCGGGAACACACGGAGGCGGCCGUGGCUGUGCGCACGGGUGCUGUUUUGUCCCCACACACAGGCAGCUGCUGGGGGGCACGGCAGGGUCUGCUGAGUGGCCUCGGGCCCCUCUGUGCUCGGCUGUGGCUGCUGCUGUUUGGGCCAUGGGAAGGAAACCGGGAGGAGAGCACUUUCUUGGAGUGGCUCACUCAAACCCUUGGGACACACCCUGGACACCCACGCCGGGGAGCGGGGCCGUUGACCAGCCCCAGAGCCAAAAGCACCAGAGAAAAUCAGAUGCUUCCUACUCAGCGCCAACUAACCAUUCUAGCGUGCUCUGGCCCCACCUCCCGUGGCUCCCACCUCCCCACCACUGCUUUCUCUCCCAAAAGAGAUAUUCUUAGUUUUAUUAUUUUCUUUUGAUUGAAAUGACACUAUAUAAAUUUUCAUCUGAGAGUUUCUCAAUUGUAUCUAGUUACAUAGCACAGUUUAGAAACUUGUCUGAGACUGACUCUAUCCGUAAUCUAAUCAGCAAAGAUCAUAUCCAUGUGUAUGUGGUUAUACGUUUUGACUUUAUUGGACUAAUCCAGGACCAUUUCAGUGAUGCAAAUUGUGUGCCGUCUGGUUUAGCUGAGACAGUCCUGGUUUCUCAGUCCUUGAAGUCUCCCACGGUUGUAUAAAUUGGACAGUUUAGGAAUUUUAAACUUUAAUGAUCAUUUGGUUCCUUUUCUAUUUUAUUUUUGUUAAUGCAACAGGACUUAAACAAAUGAACUUUGAUCUUUGUUUUAAAGAUUAUUAAAAAAAAUUGUGUGUAUAUACAUAUGGCUCUUGAGGACACGUAGCUUUCACACACUACAGGAUAUGGUCUCCGUGUAGGACGUGUACACCCGCAGAUGGAUUUCCUUGAGUGCUUUUGUACUGUUGAUUACAUCUCCAUGUAGGGCUGAAAAGAAUGGAAGAAUGACCCAUGUUUAUCUCUGAAACUGUGUUGCUUUUGACGUUGUGUUACUGUGCACAGACGCGUGUGCAGUUAAGGUCCUGCGUGUGGUCCGGAUGAAAAGCGCCGUAGCCUUGCAAGUUAAGUACUGCUUCGAUUCAUUGUUUGCGCUGGGAUUUUUCUCCCCAUGGAAUGUAAGUAAAACUUAGUGUUUGUCACCAAUAAAUGGUAAUACUAAAUUUUUUUUUUGGUUAAUUUAUUCUCAAAUGCCACUACUGCUAGCUUGGCCCCCUCCCAACCUGCCUCCUACCCUUUUUAAAGAAGGAAAGAAAAAAAAAAACACUUUGUAAUGCUUGUGACUUCUGUUUGGGCAAAAUUCUGAAGAUCUGAAAUAACUUUAUAUCAAACCAUUGAUCAAUAAACAGCUACUAAUGAA